GUUGCUUGCCUCUGGGCCAUCCAGUAUGAGCCCGUGCGUGAGCAUCGUCUGCGGUUUGCCUGGGUUCCUGGUGACAUGGGUCCAUGGGCAUGUUGCCUGGUACAAAUGGGACCUUCUAUUCUUUUUGUUUCUUUAAACGAGCUCCUCACGUUAAGCUCGAGCCUCGAGCUUUAGAAUGGAAGUUGGCUCCGUGUCUCUCACCGUCUCGGACUCUUGGAGCCCUUUCAUCUCGGAACACCAGUCGUAGUAACUCGCAGCAUUGACGAGAGUCUAGCUGACAAAGAACUCCAUCAGUGUCACUUGUUUUGAGGGAAAUUCAGGCACUCCACUGAUCGAAAGCCAUGGCGGGUGAUAAAUUGACGAAGGAGGACCUGGAGAUUGGAGACGAGAGUAGAGAUGUGCACCCGAGGGCCUUGUCCAAUGCGGGGUCGCGGCAACAGUCGAUGUCGCGGAGCAUGCGAGGAACAAGCGCCGGACUCUCGGCCAGCUUCUCGCGAUCCCAAGGUCUCGGUUACUUCGGCGGCUCGAAUCCUUUCGAGGCGGCGACCAUGGGCUCCACUCAUGAGCAGGACGAAGAGGCCCUGAAGUGGGCAGCUCUGGAGAAGCUCCCCACGUUCAACCGCCUGCGAACCUCCAUCUUUGAGAAAGAUACUGGUAGCAUCCGUCACAUUGACGUGGAGCACCUGUCGUCUCACGACAUCCACCAUCUGCUGACCAAGUUCCAGAAAGUUACGGACGACGAUAAUGAGCAGAUCCUUGCCAAAGUGCGCAAACGCCUGGACAAAGUGGGAAUCGACCUGCCCACGGUGGAAGUUCGGUACGAGAAUCUCAACAUCAAGGCGAAUUGUCACGUCGGAAACAGGGGAUUGCCAACGCUUUUGAACGUCGUACGAGACAUAGUGGAGAGCAUCCUCGAUCUUAUGUAUCUGCUUCCAACGAAGAAGAAAGAGCUCACCAUUCUGGACAACGUCAGCGGGACCCUCAAACCUGGCCGAAUGACGUUACUCUUGGGGCCACCGGGCUCGGGCAAGACGACGUUGCUGCUGGCCCUCGCGGGGAAGCUUGACCGCAGCCUGAAGGUGAGCGGAAAAAUCAGCUACAACGGCCACUCAUUCAAUGAGUUCGUGCCACAGAAAACGGCAGCUUAUGUGAGCCAGAAUGAUCUCCACGUUGGUGAGCUCACAGUUCGUGAGACUUUGGACUUCUCCGCUCAUGUCCAAGGAGUUGGCAAUCAAUACGAAAUUCUUGAGGAAGUCACGAAAAGGGAGAAGCAAGCCGGUAUUAGGCCGGAUGCUGAUGUCGACACGUACAUGAAAGCUACAGCGAUUCCGGGAAGUAAUGCGAACCUCUCAGUCGAGUACACUUUAAGGAUGCUUGGACUCGAUAUUUGUGCAGACACCGUUCUCGGCGAUGAAAUGCGGCGAGGCGUUUCGGGGGGUCAAAAGAAACGUGUUACCACAGGUGAGAUGAUUGUCGGCCCUAUGAAGGUGCUUUUCAUGGACGAGAUCUCGACUGGGUUGGAUAGUUCGACAACCUUCAACAUUGUGAAAAGUUUGCGCAGAUUCACGCACGAGCUCUCCGCAACAGUAUUAAUCUCGUUGUUACAGCCAGCACCCGAGACCUUCAACCUCUUCGAUGACGUGCUCUUACUCUCAGAGGGUCAAGUUGUCUACCAUGGCCCUAUUCAGCACGUUGCAGAAUUUUUCGAGCAAUGUGGGUUCAAGAGCCCAGAUAGGAAGGGUAUUGCUGAUUUCUUGCAAGAGGUCACUUCCCGCAAGGAUCAAGAGCAGUACUGGAUGGACAAACGUAAACCUUAUCGAUACGUCCCCGUGAAGAGAUUUGUGGAGGAAUUUCAAAAUUUCCGUGUCGGCGCUAACCUGAAAGAGGAUCUUAUGGUACCAUACCCAAAAGAUAAAUGUCACCCGGCAGCCCUAAGCAAACAGAAAUUCACAAUCUCUAAACUCGAACUCUUUAAGGCUACAUUCAACCGUGAAUUACUCCUAAUGAAACGAAAUUCCAUUGUCUUCUUUGUGAAGGGUUUCCAGGUCACGGUUGGAGCAUUCAUCUCCAUGACCGUCUUCUUCCGGACCCGACUCAGCCAGAACUCAGUUCGCGAGGGAACUUUGUACCUAAACGCCCUUUUCUAUGCAGUUAUUGUCUUCAUGUUCACAGGUUUUGGAGAGCUUGCAUCCACUAUCCAGCGCUUGCCGGUGCUCGUUCGGCAACGUGACAUGCUCUUUGCGCCUGCGUGGACUUAUUCCGUUUCUGUCAUGGUGCUUAGCAUUCCAGUCUCUAUUUUUGAGGCCGGAAUUUACACUUGCAUGACAUAUUAUGUGACUGGAUACGCACCCGAAGCAAGCCGCUUCUUCAAGCACUUUCUGGCACUAUUCUUGAUCCAACAACAAGCAGGUGGCAUGUUCCGAUUCGUCGGGGGCGUGUGCAGAACAAUUACUUUAGGAUACACAUUAGGCUGGAUUCUGUUGCUCAUCAUUUUCAUGCUUGGGGGGUUCAUUAUGCCUCGUCCGUCGCUUCCAGUGUGGUGGCGGUGGGGUUAUUGGAUUAGCAACUUGAGUUACUCGGUAAACGCAAUCUCUGUGAACGAAUUUACAGCUUCACGAUGGGACAAGCCAGCUUCACCAGGUAGUACGGACAGGCUGGGUGACGUUAUUCUAAGAGCCUUUGGACAGCAUGUGGAGGCCUAUUGGUACUGGCUUGGUAUUGGUGCUCUCCUGGGUUUCUAUGUAUUGUUCAACUUUGGGUUUACCCUUAGUCUUGGCUACAUGCCAGCGUUGGGGAAACCUCAAGCAAUCAUGUCCGAAGAAGAGCUGGCAGAGAAAGAAGCAAACAGAACUGGCGUGAGCCUCAACCUAGCCAAUUCUCGUAGCCGGUCACACAGGUCUGGUCCGUCUCGGCCACUGGCAGCUAUUAUGAGUGAGAGGAAAGGUGCUACAACAGCCAACAGUCGCAGCCGCCGAUUAUCACAGGAUAAACACAGCGAGUCUGAAGAAGACACAGAGGCAGUUCCCGAUGCUGGAGUUGUGAAGCGGGGAAUGAUUUUGCCUUUCCAGCCAUUGUCAAUUUCAUUUGAGGAUAUCAGUUACUUCGUUGACAUGCCGGCAGAAAUGAGAUCUGCCGAAGUGACAGAGACCAGACUCCAGCUACUCACUAAAAUCACUGGUGCAUUUCAACCAGGAGUGCUUACAGCUUUAGUAGGUGUUAGUGGAGCUGGUAAAACGACGCUUAUGGAUGUUCUGGCUGGACGCAAAACGGGCGGAUAUAUUGAGGGUGACAUUCGGAUAUCUGGAUAUCCAAAGAAACAAGAAACAUUUGCUCGGAUCUCCGGGUAUUGCGAGCAGACUGACAUUCAUUCUCCUCAAAUUACAGUGCGAGAGUCCCUCAUUUACUCUGCCUGGCUCCGGCUUGCAUCUGAAGUCUCAGAUGAGACUAAAAUGGCUUUUGUGGAAGAAGUGUUGGAGCUAGUGGAAUUGAAGCCAUUGGAGAAUGCCAUAGUAGGAUUGCCAGGCGUUACAGGGUUGUCAACAGAGCAAAGGAAAAGGCUCACGAUAGCUGUGGAGUUGGUUGCUAACCCUUCCAUCAUUUUCAUGGAUGAGCCCACGAGUGGGCUGGAUGCCCGAGCAGCUGCCAUUGUGAUGCGAUGUGUUCGAAACACGGUGGACACAGGAAGAACGGUUGUGUGCACUAUUCACCAACCGAGCAUUGAUAUAUUUGAAGCAUUUGACGAGCUCUUGUUGUUGAAGCGAGGAGGUCAGGUCAUUUAUGCAGGCGAAUUGGGUCAUCAUUCUCAUAAACUUGUCGAGUAUUUUGAGGCAAUCCCUGGUGUCUCCAAAAUCACGGAAGGAUAUAAUCCUGCAACGUGGAUGUUGGAAGUGUCCAAUGUUGAAGAGGAAAUGCAACUUGGAGUGGACUUCGCAGAUAUUUAUCUGAAGUCUUCUCUUUACCAACGCAAUAAAACCCUUGUUAACGAACUACAUAUACCAUCCCCAGGCUCGGAGGACCUGAGUUUUCCUACUCAGUUCCCUCUAACGUUCUUUCAGCAGCUGUGGUGCAUCCUCUGGAAGCAAAACUUGACCUAUUGGAGAAGCCCAGAUUACAACCUUGUCCGUGGAGGCUUCACAUUCUUCACUGCACUCAUCUGUGGAAGCAUUUUCUGGGGUGUUGGGCAAAAGUAUAAGACAAGUUCAGAUCUAAUUAUCACUCUGGGAGCACUAUACGGCUCGACCCUCUUCAUAUGCUUCAACAACGCUGGUACAGUGCAGGCCAUGGUGAGUAUUGAACGAACUGUCCACUACAGGGAGAAGGCCGCCGGGAUGUACUCUGCCAUACCGUACGCACUGGCUCAGGUGUUGAUAGAAUUUCCAUAUGUGCUAGUGCAAGCCACUAUGUAUGGCCUGAUCACGUAUGCAAUGCUGCAAUUCGAAUGGACUGCAGCCAAGUUCUUUUGGUACUUUUACAUCUUGUAUAUCAGCUUGCUCAUCUACACUUUCUACGGUAUGAUGAUGGUGGCUCUCACUCCGAACUUCAUCCUGGCCUCCAUUGUGAGCGCCUUCUUCUACACGCUCUUCAACCUUUUCACUGGAUUCUUGAUUCCACGACCGGACAUCCCUCCCUGGUGGAUCUGGUAUUACUGGUUCUGUCCCUUAGCCUGGACCAUUUACGGCCUCGUCGCAUCCCAGUUCGGUGACAUCUCAGAAGAACUUUUUGUCGUCGGAGAUACAGACCCUACAACAGUGAGCGAUUAUCUUCGCCACAACUUCGGAUUCCGCCAUGACUUUCUGUCGGCUGUUGGCCCCGUUCUCUUCCUCUGGAUGCUACUUUUCGCAGGCGUUUUUAUCUUAGCCAUCAAGUUUCUCAACUUCCAGCGCCGGUAAGCUAGUGGCCUCUGGUGGAUUCUGUCGGCACUGGAAUGCCGUGUAUGGUAAAUGAUGCGAGCGGAGUAUCCCGAGUCUCUGCACUGAAUAACAGAAUUUUUAUCUAGCCUGUCAAAUGCCAAGUGCUGAGGUAGGACAAUUACAGGAAUAUCAUAGCUCCCACUGUAAAAUCACAGUUCAGUCCAUCUCAAGAACCACUUUACAUCAAGAGUUAAAAUCGAACAAACUGUGAUGGUAAAAGGAAGUUCAACACGAAAUUUUAUGGACAUCUAGUGUGUAAUUUAAUAACAUUUUCAACUAUAUUCGGCAAAA